CUUUACCUUCAGGCCAGGAUGAAAGGAGACUGGGCAAGACUUGUACGUCCUACUGUACAAUUUGGUCUUAUUUCUGCAUCUAUCUAUGUGGGUCUCUCACGUGUUUCUGACUACAAGCAUCACUGGAGCGAUGUUUUAACAGGACUCAUUCAGGGAGCAGUGGUAGCUGUGCUCAUUGUUGUGUUUGUGUCUGACUUCUUCAAAGAGAGAGUAUGUACCUUUCAACCAAAAGAAGAUUCCCAUACAACCCUACAUGAGACUCCAACAAAUGGAAAUCACUUUGGCACCAAUCAUCAACCAUGA